AUGGGAACUACCGCUCGCUUCCUCCACUUCCCUCCUCCCCUCCCUUCUCCUACCCGGCCCAAACCCCGACCCCUCUUCUCCCUCCUCCGCCCUUCCCUCGCCCUCUCUCCCAACUCUCCCCUCCCGCACAAGUUCCCAUCGCUCACUCUCUCUCUCGGACCCAACCACAAACACCUUGCCCUCCCUCCCCAAGCCCUCUCCAAAACCUCCUCUCUCCCGCUGCCUCCCUUCGACCUCGACCUCGACCGUGUUACCCCUCUCGCCAUCUGCAAGUGGUCCGCGGUCCUCGCCAUCGCCAUCGCCGCCGUCAAGAAGGCCGUCUCUCUCGUGCUCAACCCCUUCUUCUGGACCUAUUUUAGCUGGACCUGGAUCUUCUGGCCCUGGAUCUCCGCCGCUGCCCUCGCCGCCUAUGGCCUCCUCUGCUUCCGCAAGCACUCCCUCGGCCGCGCUUCGAUCCUCGAGCAGCUCGCCGUCGUUACCGCCGCCGUCGCCUGGCUCACGGUCGUACCCCCGGCCCACUUCAAUGGUUUUCUCGAGGGCUGGCCCGUUGUCCUCUUCUUCGUUUACCACUACUUCUUCUUCUUCGAGUCGUCCGUCCGCCGACGCCUCUACGGUGACCUCUACGCCCGCCCGCACGACACCAAGUGGGACGUCCGCCUCCCCGGCCCUUUCCAGGUCGGCUUCGCGGUCCUCGUGUUGGUCGGUCAUUGGCUUGCGGCGUACGAGGGGCCUGAGCUGCACACGAUAUCCGGCGGGUGGGCCAAUGCGGGUGUCUGGGCUCUGGUCGCGGUGACGCUCUUCAUGCGGUACCACUCGGUUCUCUAUCUGGCGAAUUACUCAGAGAAGGUGGUGGUGCCGACGGCGGUGGUGCAGUUCGGCCCCUACAGGUGGGUGCGUCAUCCCAUCUAUGCUUCGACGAUGCUGCUGUUCUCACUGCAUUGCAUCACCCUGCGGGCGCCGCUCAGUUUGCUGUUCCUCGUUGCUGUUUGUCUGGUCUACUACGGGCGGAAGGCAGAGUUUGAGGAAGCGUUGAUGGUGGAGUCCUUCGGAGAAAGGUAUACAGAGUACAUGAACAAGGAUACAUAAUACAUUUAGUGAUUUACAUCAACAUCUUAAGUGAGAUCUGGAGUAACCACAUUUUACACUCUCAGUUCUCGAUGGUAAUCUGCAGAGAUAGGGGUAUAGUGCUUCCUCUACCUCAUUGUCACUUGAUUCUUGGCUUUAUCCUUGCAUCUACUAAUGUGAUACUCACAAGAUGCUGGAAAAUAUACCCACAUCAAGGCAGGGAGAGCUGGGGCUCCAAGAAAUGGUAGAAGAAGAUGGAGGAGAUUCAUGUGACAAGAGAUUGUUGCCAUAUGAGUAGAUGGUUGAGUUGCAUGGCUUUCUUACCAGCAAAGGCACAAUAUCUUCCAGCAGGCCUUGUGAUCUCUGCAUGACAUCCUCAUCGAGCCCAUGCCGCAAACUGUCAUCUGUGGUGUCUUUGCUCUGAUCAAGUCCUUCCACCAGGCUUCGUGCUUCAGCCUGUGAUUGCUGCAUCAACAACAUGGAUGGGCUGUGCACCGUAGGUUCCGGUGGAACACAAUCUGGCACCUCAGCAUGAAGGUCAGUGGAUUGGAGUUUUGGCUUCUUUGCAGCAUGACAGGCAGCAGUGAAGAGAUCCUGGGGCCGAGGCAGGAGGAAGUGUGAGGUGUAGUGGAGGUGGAGACCUUCAUAGGUUACAAUGAGCAUCUCUGGAUCUUCCAAGGACCUCUCCACUUGCUUCUUGGCAUUGCACCUUGGGUUUGUGCACCUGUAGUAACUCCUGUGCUCCAAUAUAGCAGAUUAGAUGAUUGCUGCUGUCAGUUCAAGUCAUCAUCCAGAUUACUCUUUAAGUUAUGAGUUUGCUUUGGGGCAAGGCUUUCAAUUCUUGCAUGGAUAUGCAUAUCAUACCUGGAAGCAGGUUACGGACUAAAGCUUGGAGCAGUUGAACAUUAAUUACAGUGUUCAUGGUGUGGCAAAGCAGAUACAAUGAUUCAUAUUCCUUUUGCUGGAACUAGAAACAUGCCUGUGUAUGGAAUGGGGUGGGUUGCAGACUUAAUAACAGGAAACGAAGCAUUUAGAUGGUGAGAUGAUGCUUUUUUGUUCAUGUUGGAGUUACUUGUGGUACUAUUACACAUACAUCAGUCAGUGGUGGAAGGUGCAAGUUUAAAUGAUCUGGUGGAAUCAGUGAGAAGCGUAGGUGAAGAGGAUGGUUUUUCUUGUUUUAGACGAGGAUUGAAACCUGGCAGAAGAACCCUAAUUACAUUCUGGAAAUGUCACGGAUUUGGGUGGUAGGGACAUGUCUGCCAAUACGGUAAUGGAAGCAUUUGGAUCUCUCAAGAAAUGGAGCUCUUAUAGAAUGGACUUUCUGCAAACUACUCGAAGCUGAUGCUGAAACAGUUGUUUCUUUCUUUCAUUCUUCACACUGUCAUGGAUAUUAAUCACCUGAUGAUGGAGGAAUUGGGACAACGGAUAGCAGGUGAGAGAGUAGAUGAUCAGAGUAUUGUAGAGCUUCAAACAGUAUAUUAUUUCUCGACAGAUACUCUCUAUGUUAUCUCAUCGUGACGGUACCAUUUAGAUUUAAAGGUAAAUAGCAGAACAGAAGCCAGCAAGUUCUUAUGACUUGCGAGAACACCUACCUCGGAUUAGGACUGUUCUUGAUGGAUUUCUGGCCAUACUUCCUCCACUUAUAACCAUCAUCGGCGACCCCAUUCCCACAUAUCUUCAUCCGAAGUGUGUACUUGCUGUCCAUCUUCCCGGUGCUCUUCUCCGGCACAGAAACCCUACAGGAGAUUGCAUCAGGUCGAUGCCUCAUUAGACAUGGGAAACACUAUCAGGUUCCGAUUCUGUGCACCUGCAACUGGAAUCCCCAGCUCCAAGGGUCGUGGAGAGUGCACUUUCCACGUCGCGGAUCGUCGGACCGGAGUAGACAGUGGAGAUGAGCUUGUUGACGAUGGACGAUUCGUGGGAGAUGAUGGUAGCGCUCGUCUCAUCAUCAUCAUCCUCCUCCAGGAGCUCCCUCAUCAGCUCCCCUGCAGAAGAGUCGAGCCAGUUGAUCUCUGCCUCAUCCGGCUCCUCCGUCUGCAUCAUAAGUUGGUGUGAGAGAAGAGUGACACAGAAUGUGGCCUUUUAACGUUGGAAGCCACACAGAAUUACUGCUGCUCUUCAACCUCUACAAUGACCUUUCCAUGUUCUUAAAUUGUGGUGUUAUGAUAAGAUUGGAUUUCUGGCUGCAUGCGUUGUCUUGGUGGAGAGUCAAGAAUGGCAAUUUAACUAAUGCAGGGGUCAACCACUAAAAGGUAUGAUUUGAUAGGCCAUUCAA